AUGAAGAUCUUGCUAAGUAGUCUGCUUUUCGCCUCUCUCUGUACCCUCUCAUCCUGGAGUGUUUCAUCAGGCACAUUAGUUGUGACACAGAUUUCUAAAGUUUCUGUCGCGGAAGGAGAGACAGCAAACAUCACGUGCUGCUGGACAGGGACGUUUGAAAGAGUGAGAGUGAAAUGGCUAAAAAAUCAAACAGAAAUUACAAAAGGCAACUGGACCAACUUGAUUCAGUCUCAAGGGUCUGAAAAGAAAUGUUCAUAUUUGCAUUUCUCAAAUAUAAAAACAGAGGAUUCAGGAACAUACAUCUGCAAGGUGAUUGUGGAGAUACCAUCUUUAACUGAGGUUAAAGGAAAAGGGACAGUUAUCACAGUCAAGACAGGCAACAAUACUAGCAUCAGCAACACAGAAGAAUACGUUUCCAAGAGGUCACAAAUCAAAGUGAUCAUUUCCCUGGCUGUAGUGAUUCCUUUGCUCCUCACCACCCUCGUCUGUUACUGCACUCUGCGAAGAAAACAAGCACUAGCAGCCAGAGUCAUCUACGAGGUUCCCCACGUAGACUCCGAGAUGGCAGAGGCGGACAAAGACAGCACAAACUCCUCCAGAGGCUCGUCUCAGUGGCGUCAAGUGCCUCUGUAUGAAUCCUUCUACUUCGAGCAUGUGGAUCCCAAAGAAAGUAAAUGAGUGUCGGCUCCAAAGUUUUCUUGUGUACUUUUUGUCCUGUAUAUAGCAUUUUUUCAUUUUACAUUUUUGCAUGAUUGCAAAAACCCAUAUAUGGUUGUAAAUAUGUAUGUAUUUUUCUAUAAACUACAUCUUAAAUAAAAUAAAUUUCAGUGAUGGAGAAAUUGAUGGGGUGUUAGUCCCAUAAAGCCCAGAUC